GACUAUAAGCCGAUAAAAGUACAGUUUACAUGAGUUAAAACCUGUCAUUUUAAUGCUGCAUGUAGAUGAAAGUGUCCAACAUGGUUCAAGAUGUUGGUGCUAAUCAACAGAACAGUAUUAUGGAAUUGUUUAUUGACCUUAAAUGUGAUAUUUUUAUCUUCUUUUGACAUAAAUACUAAAACGUAUCUAAAAGUAUUGCCAGACAGCCAGAAUAUCAGGAUGCUAACUUGCAUGAUGUAAUUGUGAAAGAAAAUUCUAAUCCUGCAUUCAAAACAUAUGUUUCUGCGUCUCGAAGCAUCUCAAUUGCUGUAAAAUGAGUCAAGUCCGACAAGAAAUUGAUAAUCAAUGGCGCCAGUAAGAUAUCGACGUUAAAAAGUGUGUGUAAGUUACCCAAAAGACAACUGCUAUUAUUGCAAGACAGUCCUGUCACUACUAUCAAUGAAGUGCUCCAAUUUCUAAAUCCUUUAAAACAUGUUCUGCGAAGAAGAAUUAAGACUAAAUUCCAAUUUUAUGUUGUUGUUUUUCAUACAGAAAUUGUCGAGAAAGAAUUUCAUCUCCCAUCGUAUGCAUCCAUUUGGCCUGAUAUCUGCCUGGUGACGGUAUUUUUUGAUAGAUUAAAAGAUGAUCAGAUAUAUAACUCUAAAAUCAACAGCAACCCUCCACCAAAUAUCUAUCUACAAAAACAGAUUUAAAUAGACUGUCAUUGUUUUAUCAAAAAGUUUGUGGUUUAAGCACCAGAACUAUGGAUUUUUUUAGUUAUGUAGCUUUAAUGGACUAUGACGCAAUUUAUAUUACACACAUGGCUUUCUGACGCUGCAAUUUCUUUGAAGCUAUUUGAUGUUCGGUGGCUUGCUUUUCAAAAAGAAAUAUGUUUAUCAUCUAAUUCCUCCAGCAGCGGUAGUGGUGUUCUUCUGGCUAUCAAAAAAUUCUAUUUCGUGCAGUAAAUUGGACGUUCCUGGUUUGGAUCUUCAAAUUAUUUGGAUUUCAAUCAAGUUAAAUCACAGAAAAGGAUGUUUUUAUGUAUUGUUUACUUGCCACCUUCCUCACGUGUAGACACAUCUCUCCUGAGUGUGAAAGAAAAAUUAUAUUAUGGAUUUUCGAUCAUCAAUAUUGCAAUCCAUGACGUAAAACUGAACUGCAGUUUAAAUCCCGUUUGAUGGAGUGUACAUCGAAGUCAUAGAAGCGAAGGAUUAGUUGAUGUUGGUGCCUGGAGUCAAGAGAUGAGAUAUGAAAUGCUCGGUCGGCCUAUUCUUUGGUCAGUUCUGGCUCUGGGUUCUAGCGGUGACGGUCGUGGUUCUCCGUACAAUAUCAAGUGGAAACGCAGUACCAGACAUCAAAUCACUCGCUCAGUUAUCUCCGGAUGCGGAAGACUGUCCAAAGUAUGACGAGAGUCCUUGGUGCCCGUGCUACCAAUUCGAAGAUGGAGUGUUUCUGGAGUGUCCAACAACAGGAAUUUUGGAAAUUCGGACAACCCUUUCGUUGAUCAGUGUUCCAAUCAAAUCCUUAGGUAUCUAUCAUCUGGAUAAAAACAUCACCACAUUUCCUCCCAAAGUGUUUGUGAAUGCUUCCAUAUCUCAUCUGCUGAUGUCUUACACCUCUAUUGAGAAUCUCGACGAGCACGCACUUGAAGGACUUGAAGACAGUCUUGACAGUUUGUCUAUUGUGAACAGCAAACUGAAAGAUGUACCCCAAAAAGCAUUGAGCAUUUUGAAAGUACUCACUUCUGUCGAUUUUGAUUCCAAUGAGAUACAGAAAGUAGAAGGAUAUGCAUUCUACGGUGUACCUCUCAAGACAGUUAACCUGCAAGGUAAUCAGAUAGAGAGUCUAUCUGAAUAUGCAUUCGGUGGUCUAGAAAACACACUCGAAGAACUUAUCCUGAUUAAUAACAGACUCUCUAGGUUUCCUCUGGGAGCACUCCGCCGCUUAAGGAAACUGAAAACUCUAAAAUUGGUCAAAAAUUUUAUAGACGACAUACUUGAUGAUGGGUUCACACGUUUCACUGAUUUGCAAACCUUAGACAUGAAUUCGAACAGGCUGAAAGAGCUGCACGAUCGAAGUUUCGUCACGAUGCCGAGGCUGACAGUUCUUUCUCUCCAAAUGAAUCAGCUCUUCAGCUUAGAUGACAGGGUGUUCAUUCACUUGCGAGAACUGGAAAAUUUAGAUUUGAGUCACAACCGCAUAGUAAAACUCAGCUCACGCGUCAUGAGCCCUUUGCACAAACUAAGGACGAUUGAUUUGAGUUUCAAUCAUCUACACUCUAUUGAGGGAGGAAUAUUUCACAAUUUAACCCAACUAAGGGAAGUCUUUUUGUCGAAUAACAACAUUUUAAAGAUUACAAAUGACACGUUGUAUAACAGUUCUCAGAUUUCUGUUUUAUUUCUGCACAACAAUGCAAUCACUUCAAUUGAUCUCGGAUCGUUUCAUUCUCUGCAAAAUCUGUAUCAACUGCAACUUUCAUUUAAUCAGUUGAGAGAAAUUCAUCCCAUGCUUUUUAAAAACAAUAGAGAAUUACGAUCUCUGUCAAUGGAUAACAAUUUAAUAACAGACAUUCAGCCAGGGACAUUCCAAGAAUUGAUUGAAUUGCGGGAUAUUCGAUUGCAGAACAAUUUGCUCAAAAGAAUAAGGAAGGGAAGUUUCUAUUCUCUUCCAAAUCUUCAAGAACUUCACCUUCAGUUCAACAGAGUAGAAGUGAUCGAGAAGGAAGCCCUUCAGAGUUUAGCUAACCUCCAGCACUUGAACAUGCAAGGGAAUAAAUUGAUUGAAAUGGGAGACAUUUUGAGCCGAUAUCCAUCGAGCCUGCGAUCACUCCAAAUUAAUCACAAUGAAAUAACAGUCUUGCAUGAAAAUAGUCUUAAAGGUCUCAAUAAAAUGGAAAUUAUUUGGAUGGAUAAUAACAAGAUCAAGAAACUUCAAAGAGAUAUUUUUCAGGAUUUGACAGAAGUUCAAAAAUUAUAUCUUGAUCACAAUGCCAUCUCAGUUAUUGAAGAUAGUACGUUUUCGAGCAUGAAACGUCUCAAUUACUUAAAUCUCGAAUUUAAUAAUCUGAAUCAUUUGAAUGUCAACUUAUUUUCAGGUGCCAUAAACCUUGAAGAAUUAUAUUUAUCUAAUAAUAAAAUAAUGGAUAUUGAACCACUCACUUUUAAAGACCUUCAAAGCCUCCGAAUAUUACACCUUUCUCAAAACCAAAUUUAUGUUCUUCGAAAAUAUAUGUUCGAAGGGGCCAACAUGUUAGAAGAACUGACCCUCUCAAAUGCAAUGAUCGAGAGCAUAGAAGAUAAUACAUUUAGCCAUUUGACCAGUUUGACUAAAUUAGAUUUGAGUAACAACAGAUUGAUUACGGUAAAAAUUACGUUUCUUAGCAAUCUGAAACACCUUGAUUUAAGUUACAACAAUCUUACUGAUAGAGAUGGUAUUGAACUUCAAGGUCUUAGCGGUCUUACUCAUUUAAAUUUAGAUUAUAUUGGUGCCGAUAAAAUACACGGAUAUUUAUUUGAAUCUCUGACAGAUCUACAUUCAUUAAGAAUAUCUGGAAAUAUAAUUAAACAACUGGAUUCAGCAUUGUUGUUCAGUCUACUGUCUCUGCGCGAUCUUUAUUUAGACAACAAUGAGCUUCUUUCUAUUCCUAAAACGGCAAUCAGGAAGCUUCCCAAACUUGAAUUGUUGUCUCUUGCUAGAAACAAGCUCAAAUUAGUUCCAAAUAUGGCAUUCAGUGAUAAUUCCAUCUUGCGAAAAUUGAAUCUGUCUGGUAACAGUAUAUCAGUCAUUGAGAAGAAAGCAUUCCAUAACCUUUCCAGAUUGGUUGAUUUAGAUCUGUCUAGAAAUUCUUUGAUGGUUCUUCCAGCUGGAGUGUUUGAUUCUUUAUCUUCAGUAGAGACAAUAAAAUUAGACAAAAAUUUCUUUUCUUUUGUACCGAAUGCCGUCCUAUUCGCACCACUGUCGAAUCUGAAAGUACUGUCCUUCGAUGAAAAUUCGUGUCUUCGCAUUAGAGAGGACAUGACAUCGUCUGAAACAUUUCACAGAAUUCAGCAUUUGAAUAUCAGUCACAGCAAUAUUACUAUGAUUGCUUCCCAUGAUUUUUUAACGUUUGCCGACUUGCUCACUUUGAUACUUAGGGAUAAUCUUAUUGCCAAGGUAUCUCCUGGUGCUUUCAAACCUCUAAAUCAUCUAAUCGAAUUGGAUCUUGGAUAUAAUGAACUAGACAUAUUACCGGAGGAGCGAUUCUUUGGAUUAAAGAGACUCGAAAUACUAAAUCUAACCCAUAACAAUCUUGUCGAAUUUCCAUCUGUCAGAGAAGACCUCAAACACCUUUCCAAAUUGGAUUUGUCUUAUAACAAGCUUGUUAAGAUUGAUGGUGACAAUUUCGACAAAAUGUACAACAUGAAAUCUCUGAAUCUUAGAUCCAACAAGAUGACUUGGAUUUCCCCCAGUGCUUUUGAUAAUCUCACUUCUUUAUCUGAAUUGGAUAUUAGCCACAAUCAGAUUAUGCAUUUAAGCAGCAAUGUUCUAGCACCUGCGGAAGUAAGGAUGACAUCUCUGAAAUUAUCAGGUAACCCAUUCCAAUGUGACUGCUUGAUGCUUAGUCUGUGGGAGUGGCUGCAAGAGCACGGGAGGCUUAUCAAUCAAGAAGAAAGCCCACUGGUAUGCGUACACCCGGAGAAACUUCGUGACCAUUCCAUCCUUACUUUGCAUCCAUCUGAUAUCUGUCCAUCACCUUUACUGUCGGAUCUAGAAGUCCAAAGAUUGGAUUCCAAUCACUUGACCAUUACAUGGGAAGUCCAGAACGGGACUCUCAUUGGAGGAUUCACUGUAACGCACCACAUUACAGCGUCUCGAACCCCAGUGGUUUUAGCUAACCUCCAAGCUACCGCAAGACGUCACGAUCUGGAAGAUUUAGUGCCAGAAACAUGGUACACCGUCUGCGUGACAGCGACAGGCAAAUACCUAAGAAUGUAUGGAAACAAACCUACACCUUACGUCACCGAAAACGAAAGGACUACUGAAAUGACUGCAAACAACAGGAAGUGCCUCCAGAUCAGGACACUUGCAAAAACCGAUAAGACUAAAAUAACCUUGUCCACUUUAGGCAUCAUUUUAGGCAGCAGCAUCAGCGCUGCCUUGGUUCUCACUCUUUCCAUCCUGCUCACAGCCUUAAAGUUUCGGCGCAGGAGACGUAGGCCAGUGAAGAAUGAUGUACCACAAGAGUACAUAUCGUACCGUCAUUUCUCAAUACAAUCCUCAGAAGGGGUGUAUUCGUGAUCUAUUCGUUUCAGCUGAAUUUGGAACACAUCUCAUUUCCUUGUCUUUCAAAGGAAAGUGCAGUGAGAGAUAGUCUUUCUAGAAUUUUUGCAAAAAGAAUUAAGAGGAAAUUCCCUAUGAUACUUUUCUUGCUAAUGAUUAUUUCAUUUGGAUAUUCAUCUAUCAUAAGGAUAUAUAAUGAAACGUUUUUAUUUUAUUUCGUAGAAUUUUGUUUGAAAAUUAUGGGACGUGUCCCUAAAUACCUACAAUUUCAAGUUAUUUCUGUAACCAAUGCUUUAACUUUCUCUUACAUGUUUUAAAAGUGAAUAUUCCCUAAAAGAAGGGGGAAAUACUUUUUUUCCAGAAAAAUAUCAUUUGAUUAUACAUUACUUUUUUCAUGAAUUCAUUUUUUAAGUCUAAUUUGAUGAAAGUGAUAUUGGCAAGACUCUUUUGAUAAAAUGGAAGAUAAGUGAUGUUUUCCCUAAAAAUCUUAAUUUUCAAAAUUCCAAAAAGGGAAUAAAAAAAUACCACCUCUUACCACUCUAGCAUUGAAAACUAUUCUUCCAUCAUCUGUCAAUGAAUCUUUGGGAAUAGACCGAGAUAAUUCUAUUGGAUUAUUCAAUUCUCACACAAAUGUUAUGAACAUUAUAUUCAAGAAGAUGCUUACAAUGCACUACUUCACCAUAAAAAAAGAACCACCUUUUUUUUAUUGCAAUUCCAUAUUUAGUCUUACAUUCUUUUUUGAUCAAAAAAGCAUUUUUUUUCUAAUUCCGUUACAUGAUUUGUACUUUUAUAUAAAGGACCCAAUGGACAAACUAUUCUCCUUUUAAGUGAUACUUUUACACUAAUGCGAAAGUGCUUCCCGUUUCUAUCAGAGGCAAACCAUUCAUCGUGUAAAUACUAGUGUCAUCGAAGCGAGCACUGAUCCACUCCAGCGCUCCGCACACAAUUAUCGUCAGAGAGGAACUCUUUUGACGGGCUAAUCUUCUAAAACUGGCGAAAUUCGUGCAAGACGAGCAGCAGUUUGCCAUAAUGAACAGUGGCCCUCUGCUCUUUUCAGGGCCUAGACUAAUGAGGGCCGCAGAUAAUCUGCAGAGGGCAACAAUCAGACAGUUACAUUUGUCAAGAAGCUCUACAAACUCUCGAGGGAACUUUCAAGAGGCAAGACUGUACAUAUUUCCUGCUUCGGACGCUCGGAUUUCUGUGUCAUUCUGCUGCAGGUGAAUUGGUGAAUUUAUAAUGGCGCAGGAUCUCAGACCUCGGACACUUAAUCAAGUUCGCACUCUCUGUAUAUAUAUAUGGAUGUGUAUAUUUCACUUUUUUAAAAUACAAGUUUCAGGAUCUUUGAAGAAGGUUGACACGUUCUUGUAUGAGGCCAUUGUAAAUCAAUAAAUGGAGAUCUGAAAAUAGGAUAAUCCACGAUCAACUUGCUCCAAAGGGAAUCCCAAGUUCACUUGCGUGAUCAUGAUCAGGAUAAAUGAAGCAGAACUCUAAGGAAUAUCCACCAGUGGGAGCGGCUUGUCUAUAUUUUCUUCUACUCAGUGUAUUUUCAUGGAAAGGCCAGAUUUUCUUCUUUGCAGAUGCAUAAAAAGCGUGUGCCAAAAACUUUAAAGUAGGAAUAUCCCUAGGAUGAUUGCAAAAGAACAUUCUUUCACGAAAGAAGUUGUUAUCUCGAACAACCGUUGAGAAUCUAGAGAAAAAGAAAUGCACCUGUCUAGAUACUGUAUGUUUGAAUCUGGAAUUUCACAGACUGAGUCUCAUAUAGUGUAACGUGAAACUCUAAUAAGUAUUGGAUUUUUAUUCGUA